GAGGGACGACGCAGGACGUUCGUCACCUGCGAAUUCCCGAAAGGAUGCGCUCCCUGGAUAAACCAGGAUGUACCGCUGCUACCCUGUGGUCGUUGUAGCCCCAAUUCUUGUUGGCCUUUGGCGCGUCUCUCAGGCUAAACCGAGAAGUUAACGUGUCUGUUGAUCUCAUGUGGGUUACUGCGGACUUGUUUUUGAAACAGCAUUUUGUCAUUUCUAAGGCUUAUCCAUCCAUACUGCCAGAAAUGUCCACGCCCUGCCCCUGACUUUGGGAACUGAGGGAAAACCAAGGAAAGGGAGGGAUUAAAGCAGUCUCCCCUGUCGAGAUGAAGAUUCCCUCCUCCAACGACCUGGUGGGUGGACACGCCAGAUCCUUUUCCUUUUCCCAAGAAGAUGCUGAGGGGGCCAACAAGCCCCUCAGGUUCUGACACUUCGUCCGGCUCCUAAAGGGGGGGAGUGGGGUCAGAAGGCAGGACGGCGGGGUGACGAGCCCCGACGGGCCUGGAGGUCGCGCGAAGACGGGUCGUGCGCUCCGGGGGUUCGCGGGGCGCUGCCGGGGGCUCUUUCUCUUCUUCAUCUUUCGUCAGGCGGCCCCGCGGCCACCUCUGCUCCGCGGUGAUUGGCCUGCGACGGGGUCCUCGCGUUUGUCCAAUAUGGCGGCGCCCAGUGGCGGUGUGAACUGUGAGGAGUUCGCCGAGUUCCAGGAAUUGCUCAAGGUGAUGAGGACAAUUGAUGACAGAAUAGUUCAUGAAUUAAACACUACGGUUCCAACAGCUUCCUUUGCAGGGAAGAUUGAUGCCAGCCAAACCUGUAAACAGCUCUAUGAGUCUUUAAUGGCAGCUCAUGCCAGUAGGGACAGAGUCAUAAAAAAUUGUAUAGCCCAGACCUCAGAAGUAGUAAGAAACCUCCGAGAAGAAAGAGAAAAGAAUUUGGAUGAUUUAACAUUAUUAAAACAACUUAGAAAAGAACAGACAAAGUUGAAAUGGAUGCAGUCGGAACUCAACGUUGAAGAAGUGGUAAAUGACAGGAGCUGGAAGGUAUUUAAUGAACGCUGCCGAAUUCACUUCAAGCCUCCAAAGAAUGAGUAAAGAAGAGAAAAGAUGAAUUUUUUUUUUAAGAUCAGGUCAUCUCACAAGAGUUAAGCAUGACAGGCAUCAACAGGACGGCUUCCUGGGAUGAUUUCUGAGCCAACAGUCCAAGACCUUUUGUUGAUUUCAGCCCCGCUUAGCCAAGACCUCAAGUAUAAAUAAUUCUGAUAAUUAUGGAGAAAUCAACUGCUAUUUUAUACUGAUUCUAUAAAAAGAGAUGUUUUGUAACUAUUAAAAUAAUUUUCUGA